AUGAAUAACUCAUCAAACUACAAUCCUAUGGUGGGUAGAAAUACUGAAUUGUCUCCCGGUGUAAUUCGUGAUACCAGUCGACGUGUACUGAACCCAAGUUCUCAUAGCCAUGAGAAUCACCUAAACUGCCUAACAAACUCCUCAAGUCAUGGGAUGUUGUGUUCCGGAAAUGGAUUCAACAAGUCAAUAUCUACUUUUUCCUCUUGCUUUCCUAGUCUCACUGUCUCUAUGGAACAAAAUCUAGGCGCGGAUUAUUCUCAGUAUCAUUCUUGGAGUAGUUCUCCACCGCCUCCAGCUCUUUCUCCGGUUAGUUCAUCACCUACACAUGGAAGUAGCAAUACUAAUAAUAAUAAUACUAAUAAUCAACCGUCUUCUCCAUCCCCUCCAAUUAUUGUUGCUGAAAUUCGAGGACCCUCAUCCAUUUCAUCCUUGUCAGCUUCUGAGAAGAGCACUCACGCUGGGGAAACAUUCAAAAUGGCCAGCCAACAAAUACCACAAACCCUCAAUAAACCAUCAGCAAACUCUAGAUGUCCUCGAAUAGUAAGUGAUAUAUCUAUGUCGAGUUCAAGCAGUUCAUCUUCUUCUACAUCUUCUUCAUCAACUCUAAAUGAAACUAUUCAUGUUACAAAUGGUCUACCAAUCCUUGAGAAAAUCUCUAUUGUUCUUGGAUCACCUAUAAAACAAGUUGGUGAUAACUUUAUGGUUCGUACUAACAAUAGUUCACCGCUAAAAGUUGACGAACCAAAGCUUCCACAAUUGAUCUUAGAAAAUCACUUACUUUCACCUAGUAAAUGGGAAGAACCCACAGAAAAGGUGGAUAACUCUAUCAAAACUAACUUGCCUGAUGUAAAGGAGGAUAGCAAGAUAGAUGCAGUAUCGACUGACAAGCCCAAAGUGACACCUAAGCGAAAAGCAUCAGCUCGUCCAAGGCGUAGAACCAAGUCACGAAAGAUUCUGGGGGAUUCAGAUUCCGACUUUGAACCAUUUUCUCAAUCCCAACCAAGUGGAUCUCGUGGAAGAGCAGAUGCAAGAGCUGCUAUUAGUCGAGCACGACAAAAAAUUAAUAAUAAUAAAAGAUCUGUUGGUUGGGCUUCCUCAGAAGCUGUUGGGGGAACAAGUGCAGAUAUUGCUAUGCGAGGAAAAACAGUUUCUAGUCUGUUGAAAUCUUCAGGAGAAGUCGUCAAGUCCAACUGCAUUCCAUCCGGUUCAAAAACCAAUAACCUAACACCAGACAAUGAAUUAGUCGAUAUGAGCUCUUUAUCCACUCAUAUCAUCAAUCCCGCUUUACGCGACUUAUCUGCUCAACAAGUUGGUGGCAAUAGUGUCUCUAACUGCAGUAUACCAGUCAAUUGUCCUUUCAAAGCCUCUAAUCUGAAUGGAGGUGAAUCAGUUAAUGCCGAGAAACAUGAUGUGGGGAUUGAGUCUCGUAGUAUCUUGGCAGGUAUUACCUACAGACCUUCAGGUCCUCUUCGUGGUCGUGACUACCAGUUUCCUACCUCAGUGAAUCCUAAAAGUCUUUGGAUAUGUGCAUUCUGCGGUGAAGAUAACAAGUAUACUGAACUUGGUUGUUUAUACGGUCCAUAUUGGCUUACAGAAGCAGAUAUAAAACAGCUGCCCUCAGAACUCACCUAUAGUUCCACUGAAGAAUACAAGUUAACACCAGAUGGGGAGACCCAGUCUAAGACACCAACAUCACCUGUAUCUAGACGUACAAAGAGUAUAGAAAAGGUUAUUCGUUCUGGUGUUAUCACGUCGACAACUACACGAUCUGCAGCAGCUCAGGGACGCACUACAGUCGCAAAUACUGGUGUUCUCCGCUUAGUCAUUAAGGCUUCAGGUGCUCAACGUUUAUUGAAAAAUCCACCCAAUGAAUGUAAGACAAGCAAUGAGUCGUCGACAUUUUUAAAGCCUAGAGUAGGCUCCGGUGGUGAAGUUUGGUUUCAUUUCGAGUGUGUACUUUGGGCUCCUGGAACAUACAUGAAAGGAAAUGGUGUCAUCGGUGGACUCGGUGAGGCUUUGCAACUAGCUCUAAAUGCAAAGUGUUCAUUUUGUUAUAAACCUGGAGCAAUUUUGAGUUGUUGCAAUCGAGGAUGUAAUUUAAGUUAUCACUAUCAGUGUGCACAUAAAGCUGAAUGUCAUUUAGAUCGGGAGCAGUAUAUCCUUUUGUGUAAAAAGCAUCACAUUUAUUCAUAA